GCUGGCCUUUCCCGGAGCCCGGGGAGCUUUGGCCCGGCUUCGCUUCCCGCACCAGCCCCGAGGCUCCUUCCCCAGCCCCGUCCCUCGCCCCCAGCCACUCUCCGGCCAUCCCAGCGAGGCUCCGAGCUCAGCUCCUGGAGACCCCCAGGAUAAACCCCGAGAAGAAGCCGGGCUGCCCCCGGGGGGGCUGCCACCGCUCCCCGGGCCUGAACCGAGCUCCUGACCCCAUGGCCAAGCCGGGGGUCCCCGGGGCGUGAAGGCUCGGUCGCCGUCCUGAUGUCUCGCCGCCAGCUCCGUGGCAGCGCGACCACCGGCUUCAACCCCAUCCCGGGGCAACGGGUGGCAGCUCCCCGACGGUGAUUCCCGUCCAGCCAUCACUGCGAUCCCCCGGGGAAACAGGGCAAAGGCUCCCUGACACCUCCGGAGGCCACCCGGGGGGUCCUAGCCCCCUGCCCUUGUGCGUGGUCCUCGGCCCGGCCACGGGUGACGAUGACGACGUUGACCCACCGGGGCCGCCGCAGCGAGGCGGGUGGGAGCGUGGGCAAGAGGCUGGAUGACGAGGAAGAAGAGAGGGACCCGGAGGAGGACGAUGACUCCAAAGGCACCCGCCUGACGCUGAUGGAGGAGGUGCUGCUCCUGGGACUGAAGGACAAGCAGGGCUACACCUCCUUCUGGAACGACUGCAUCUCCUCUGGCCUGCGCGGCGGCAUCCUCAUCGAGCUGGCACUGCGGGGCCGCAUCCAGCUGGAGCCCCUCACCGCCAGGAAGAAGCGGCUGCUGGACAGGAAGGUGCACCUGAAGUCGGACGCUCCAACUGGUGACAUCCUGCUGGACGAGACCCUGCGGCACAUCAAGGCCACGGAGCCUGCAGAAACGGUGCAGACCUGGAUAGAGCUGCUCACGGGGGAGACCUGGAACCCCUUCAAGCUGCAGUACCAGCUGCGGAACGUGCGCGAGCGCAUCGCCAAGAACCUGGUGGAGAAAGGCAUCCUCACCACGGAGAAGCAGAACUUCCUCCUCUUCGACAUGACCACGCACCCCGUCAGCAACGCCGCCGAGAAGCAACGCUUGCUCAAGAGGCUGCAGGAAGGCGUGCUGGAGCGCUGGGCGGGCGACCCGCACCGCAUGGACCGCAGGACUUUGGCUCUCCUGGUGCUCGCCCACUCCUCGGACGUGCUGGAGAACGCUUUCAGCAGCCUGACGGACGAGCGGUACGAGGCGGCGAUGAACAGGACCAAGGAGGUCCUUGACGCAGAUCCGGAGGUGGAAGCUGCCAAAAACAGAGGCACGGAGAUGAUCUGGGCCAUCCUGGCGGCCUUCAACAAGGCUUGAGGCCCUGCGGGGUGGGCGGCAGAGCUUCGCCUGCCUCAGCGUGAGGCCACGGGCUCCCUUGGCAUGGGGUGGUGGGGGGCAGGAGGCCUCGGGACCGCUGCCAACAGAGGCUGCUGCCCCCAGGGAGCAGAGGUGACGGCCACCGGCCAUGCUGAAUGCCUGCUGUGGCAGCACUGAGGUGCCCCACCGGCCAAAUCGCAAUGGGAAGGGGCUCAGACCCCCCUCAGGAACAGCCCGGACCCCCCCUUCACCUCCUUCCCCUGUGUGCAAUUGCGGGGUGGCCCCGAGCCUCCGGGCUGUGCUGCCCUGCAGCGCUUUUCAAGAAGGGGAUGAGCUCACUGUGAUUUUUAUUUUUAUUUUUUUUUCCGUUUUAAUUAUGAUUAAUUUCCUUCCUCCUCUGCCACUUGGACUCCCCGCCGUGGAUGUGGACGUGUUUCUGGGUAUUUAAACCCAUAACUUGCAGUGGCGGCGGUUCCAACUGCUCCUAAUAAAAGGGUUUGGUGGUGGAAGGAA